AUGCGCAACACGGAAGCCGCAGCCCUGGUGCAACGGCACCGAACACAUUUUCGAAUACACAGUUCGUGUCUUGCAAAAUUCCGUUGCCUCGGUCCCUGCCUUCAUGCGAGGCUGGUUCUGCGGACGCUCAGCGGCCACAGUGGCUCCGUCGUGUUCGCCUCCUUCUCAAUCGACGGGUCCUUGGCGGUCUCGGCCUCGCUGGACGGCACUGCGCGCCUGUGGAGUUUGGCGACGGAUGCUUCGCGCGGUCAGUGCUUACAAGUCCUGGCUGGACAUCAAGGCAGUUUGUUCUCCGCGGCGAUCUCUCCCGACUGCUCCUGCGUGCUCACGGCCGCAGUGGGCGGCGAGGACACUGUAAAGCUCUGGACGACAAGCACUGGGAGUUGUUGCAGUUCGUUCCGUACACGGGUGCAGGUGCGUGCGGCCGUUCUCUCCCCAGACGGCUCGCAGGUGGCCGCAGUCUGUUGCGAUCACGUCGUGCGCAUCUUCCGCGACGCCGAGGAGGAGUGCUCCAGAGAGUUGACCCACGACGCCCAGGUGCUCUCCGCCGCGUUCUCCGGCGACGGGGGCCUGCUCGCCGUGGUGGACGCGGAGCACCGCGUUUGGUUAUGGAGCCUUGCCACCGAGGCUCCGGCCACGGUGCUCACGGCCCACUCCGCCCAGAUCAGCCGCGCCAUCUUCUCGCUCGACGGCCAGCUUCUACUCACAGCCUCGGCCGACGGCACAGCGAAGGUGUGGGACGUCAUUGAUUGCCGAUGUCGCCAGACCCUCGAAGCCGGCGGCCGCACGCGGUGGGCCUCCGUGUCGGGCUGA